CGUCCCGCUCCCCCGGCAUGGCGGAGGCCUCGGUCGGCAGGCAGAGUCCGAGGGUGGUUCCGUACCCAGCCCACAACCUAUGUCCUGGAGAGCCUGGUCUUCAGACUGCAGCAGUUGUGUCAAUGGGCUCAUCUGACCACCGAUUCACCCUAGCUGAGAUCCUGUCACAGAACUAUGGUGUACGAGAAGAGAGAGAGGAGGAAGAAGAUACGCAUGAGAAAGAAAAGUCUUUAGAAGAGCUGGAAAAGAGUUUCAGUGCAUCUCAGCUGGUGGUGUACUUGGGGGUUGUUCCAUUCCUGAUGAAGCUUUGUCCUCCUCUCGCUCAGAGCAGUGAAAUGCCAUUCGAGGAGCUGCUUGCACUUUACGGCUAUGAGGCAUCUGAUCCGAUCUCAGAGCAGGACAGCGAGAGCAAUGACAUCCCUCGCAACCUGCCGGACAUGACCCUGGAUAAGGAACAAAUAGCGAAGGAUUUGCUUUCAGGGGAAGAAGAGGAGGAGACGCAGUCUUCAGCCGAUGACCUGACUCCGUCCGUCACGUCCCAUGAUGCGUCGGACCUUUUCCCAAACCAGCCUGGCUCAAACUUCCUGGCUGAUGAAGACAAAGAGCCCUGCUCUUCUCCGUGUGCUUCCUCCUCAGCAGAGGAUUCCGAAGAGGACUCCAUCCCAUCCAACGAGUGCAAGAAGGAGAUCAUGGUUGGACCUCAGUACCAGGCUGCUGUUCCUAUCCUCCACUUAAACAGGCUCAGUGAAAAAGCCUAUGAGAAUGAAGAUCAGCUGCUGUGGGACCCAAAUAUCCUCCCUGAGAGGGAGGUGGAAGAGUUCUUGUACCGAGCAGUUAAGCGGAGGUGGGAUGAGGUCUCCAGUGCCAAUCUGCCAGAAGGAGAGAUGGUGAAGGACAAUGAGCAGGCUCUGUAUGAACUGGUUAAAUGUAACUUCAAUGCAGAAGAGGCACUGCGGAGAUUACGAUUCAACGUGAAGGUCAUAAGAGAUGAGCUUUGUGCCUGGAGUGAGGAAGAAUGCCGAAACUUUGAACAUGGGUUUAGAGUCCACGGGAAAAACUUCCAUCUUAUACAAGCUAACAAGGUCCGCACCCGCUCGGUGGGAGAGUGCGUGGAGUACUAUUACAUGUGGAAGAAGUCGGAGCGCUACGACUACUUCACCCAGCAGACUCGCUUCGGAAGGAAGAAGUAUGUCCUCCACCCUGGAGCCACGGAUUACAUUUAUAACGACUUGGACGGGGCUGAGGCGGAAAAUGCCACCCGCUCUCGGAACUCCCCACCGAUUCCCUCUGCCACCAGCUGCCUGGACUCUCACUUCAAUCAAGAUCACCUGGCAAUUGAGAGUGCAGAGCCUCUGAGCGUGGAGAGUGCAGCCUGCAGCUUGGGCAGCAUGAGCGAAUCGGGCCAGGGUUAUGAGUGCAGCACUCCCUCAGAGACAAACUGUUCCUUUGACCCUGCGGAGGACACAUCCUCAGGCGGCAUCUCAGCCACUUGCACGCGGCAUCCAGUUAACCCCUCGGAAAUGGGGCUUUACCAGCUGCCAUCGGCAGGACCGGGCCUGGCAGACAAGCAGGAGACAUUGCAGAGCUCCGGCAAGACGAUAACUAUGGACUUCACUCUCCCCGGAGAAAUUAACGAGGGGUUGCCUUUAAUUUCUGGCCGUGUGGAUUUGGACAGGGACCCAGAGGCACUGGUGUCCCCUGCUCAAGUGUCCUUAUCGGUCACAGAUUUUGGCAUCAUCGGCAUUGGAGAUGUAAAUAGUUUCCUGGCUGCUCACCAGGCCUGCCCGGGGCCCGUGGCUCGGUCAGAGCCUUUGUCACAGUGAGAAUUUCCAGUCUUGAUCUUGUCACAGACCGAGCUACGACUUUGACCCGACUGAGUGAAUUCCCUGGGCUUCCGUGUUCCAUGGGGCCAGUUUGGAGCUGUUGGUCAGAAUCUGUCUUUCCAUCCUCCUUGAUGUUUUGGCGUCUGUCCUUCCAAGGCUACAGUGCAACCAGACACCUUUCUGUUUUCGUGCUGUCUGACACACCUGCGCGAAGCUGAUGGGAGGUUUUAGUCGGGGGAUGAGUCCAUGAGCCCAGGCCCCCCAGUGUCAACACAGGCAGCACCAUGCCGUUCAGACAGCCUCUGGCCUGAAGAUGAUGGAUGUGUCCUGUGACACCAACAGAGGGCGCUUUCUCUAGGGCAGGCCGGUUGCACAGUGGGAUGUUAUUGAGGAUGAGGACGUGUCGUGGGCACUUUGGGGGCUGGGACGGAGGAUGUAAUCGGAGGUACAUGUGCGUAGUUAAAGGGACAUGAAGCACAGUCAGUCCAGGCUGGAGGGGCCGUCUGGAUGCAGAGAUGGGCAUACUUGUGCCGAAGGAGGGGGUGGAUGGGUGUGGCCAUUCCCCUUCACUUUUUGUGUUGCAAUAGAAGUAAUUCUCUCACCUUUUCUUUUCUAACAGCUGUAGCGUGCCUGUUGAUUUGUUUAUCUGGGGGCAGGCAUGUGUGUUGAGACUGUGGUCAGCCCUAGAGCGCCAUCAGCGUCCAUCUAUCUUCUCUGCUGCCGGGUCCAGAUGAGAAACAGCCUGUCCCAUCCCCUCCCAGACCUCUGGCUACAGCCUCAUCUCUUGGAAAGUAACGUUUAGGGAGGGCAGCCUGUCUGCACAUUGUCCUGCUCUCCUUCCCUUCCCAACACUUAACCGUUGGUUGUGCUGCUCCGUGGAGAACCUGAAUCCAGGGAUGAGGCUGCACUGGUGGUAGCGGGAGUUUCUAGUCAGGCUGGCAGUGGGCGACAUGAUCUGUAAAAUCCUUGCUUGCAUUGCAAAUGGGUUAAAUCCGAAUGAGCUGCCUGCAGAACUGCCUACCUGGUUCCAAACUCAUCGAUCGGCUGGGGGAAAAGGGUAGGUAGUGAUCAAUGAGUUGGAUCUUGGGACUUAAUUAGAAUUCUACAGAAAUUGAAAUCGAAGCUUGUGGGCUGCCUCUGAGCACAUGGUAUAUGUGCCCAAGAGGUCUGCGCAGCAGCCCACCUAUCCUGUGCUAAGCACAUGGCCCACACCAGUGCCAGGCAGGUACAUCAAACCUGGGCACGCCCCUUGUAUCCUGUGCAAGCACAAGGUGCGUAGCUGUGUGCCUGAAAGGAGACCUUUCAGCCCUAGUGGCCCAUGCGAGCAUAUGACACUCACUCCUGGCAGGACAGCUUGUCUGCCCUGAGCAUCUCCUUUGCCAGCCUGUGUGAGCACAUGGCACACAGCCCUGGCUAGCUGAUGCAUCAGCCCUCUGGGGCAUCAGCCCUGGUAUUCAAAACUGUAAUAUAAAGAAACUCUCUAUUUUGUAAGCGAAAGGAAUGUGUUUACCCUUGUGAGGGACAUGCCUGAGAUGACCGAGAUGGGGUCCGAGGGCGGCAGGGACAUUAGCCGCUGCGGAGAGUGCCAAACGAGACAGGGCUGUCUGCGGAUUGCAGGAGCCCGAUACCUCUCAGCUGCUCUGGCGCUAUCCGGAUUCGGGGGUUGUCACUGGCUGAAUUUUCCCCACUCCUCCGGGAGCACGCGCACACCCAUGGGUGUGUGUAUGCUUACAGCGGUGUGUAGAGUACACACACUGCACACCCAGCUAGCGCUGCGGUAUGUGGCAGUGUAGACAGCGAGGCACGGCUGAGGGAAGCAGUGUAGAGUGCCAGACACGCCUCAGCCCCCAUCAUAUAUCCCCUACGCAGCUGUCUAGCCACCCAGACAGCACCUCC